CAUGUCCCGCCCGCCGCCGCCUCCCGCCGAGCCCGGCGCCGCCAUCGAGCGGCUCUGCCAGGAGCUCAACCUGGACGCGGGCAGCGCCGCUGAGGCGCUGAGGGAAUUCACGGCGCUGCGGGGCACCUACAGCCUGGAGGGCGAGGCGCUGCACUGGCUGGCCUGUGCCCUCUACGUCGCUUGUCGCAAGAGCCUGGUGCCCACCGUGGGGAGCGGCCUGAUGGAGGGGAACGGCGUCUCGCUGACCAGGAUCCUGCGCUCCGCCAGGCUCAGUUUAAUUCAGUUUUUUAGCAAAAUGAAGAAGUGGAUGGACAUGUCAAAUCUACCACAGGAAUUCCGAGAGCGAGUGGAGAGGCUGGAGAGGAAUUUUGAAGUGUCCACUGUGAUUUUCAAAAAGUUUGAACCAAUAUUUUUGGAUAUAUUUCAAAACCCUUGUGAAGAGAUUUCUAAGCCACAGCGGAGCAGAAAACAGAGACGGAUGCCGUGUGGUGUUAAGGAUCUCUUCAACUUCUGUUGGACUCUCUUUGUGUACACUAAGGGUAAUUUCCGUAUGAUAGGAGAUGAUUUAGUAAAUUCCUAUCAUUUGCUUCUCUGCUGCUUGGACCUGAUUUUUGCAAAUGCCCUUUUGUGCCCAAAUAGAAGAGAUUUGCUAAAUCCAGCAUUUAAAGGCUUACCAGCAGACUGCCCUGUGCCAGAGACCAAAGCCUCUGAAGAUCCUCCUUGCAUCAUUGCUACACUGUGUGAGCUGCAUGAUGGGCUUUUAGUGGAAGCCAAAGGAAUAAAGGAACACUACUUUAAACCAUACAUUUCAAAACUAUUUGAUAGGAAGAUCUUAAAAGGAGAAUGUCUGUUGGAUCUUUGCAAUUUUACAGAAAAUAACAAGGCAUUGAAUAAAGAGUAUGAAGAGUAUGUUCUGACAGUGGGAGACUUUGACGAGAGAGUUUUCCUGGGAGCUGAUGCUGAGGAAGAAAUUGGGACUCCUCAGAAAUUUCCUGCAGAUUUUCCUGUAGGGAAAACAGCAGCCAGAGCUCAUGUGGAGAGCCACCUCCAGCAGCAUUUUGAAAAGAAAAGGUUAUUUGCACCUUCAACUCCCCUGACUGGGAGAAGAUACCUACGAGAAAAGGAAGCUGUGAUCACUCCUGUGGCUUCAGCAACACAAAGUGUCAGCCGGCUGCAGAACAUGGUGGCUGGGUUGAAAAAUGCACCAAGUGAACAACUUGUGACUAUUUUUGAGUCUUGUGCACGCAGCCCUAUGGAAAGCAUUGUGAGUAGAGUGAAAGAAAUAGGGGAGACUUUCUGCCACAGCUACACUCAGUCAACAGAUGAGCAGCCAGGAUCCCAUAUAGAUUUUGCUGUAAACAGAUUAAAACUGGCAGAGAUCUUGUACUAUAAAAUCCUGGAGACUAUAAUGGUGCAAGAAACACGGAGACUACAUGGGAAGGAUCUGACUGCUCUCCUGGAGCAGGAUGUCUUUCACCGCUCGCUCAUGGCGUGCUGCCUGGAGAUUGUGCUCUUUGCCUACAGCUCACCCAGGACCUUCCCCUGGAUCAUUGAAGUUCUUAACCUCAGACCUUUCUAUUUCUACAAGGUCAUCGAGGUGCUGAUCCGCUCAGAGGAGGGGCUGUCCAGGGACAUGGUGAAGCACCUCAACAGCAUUGAGGAACAAAUUCUUGAGAGUCUUGCCUGGACUCGGGACUCAGCACUCUGGAGUGCUCUCCAGGCCUCAGAAAACAAGGUCCCCACCUGUGAAGAAGUGAUAUUUCCCAGUCAUUUUGAAGCAAGCAAUGGAGGAGGUGGGCUGGGGCAUCUGCCUAUGAUGCCAAUUUCUCCCAUAAUUCACCCUCGAGUAAAAGAGGUUCGGACAGAUCUCGGUGGCACUUUGAGACGGGACAUGCAGCCACUGUCACCCAUCUCUGUCCACGAGCGUUACAGUUCCCCUACAGCUGGCAGUGCCAAGAGAAGGCUCUUUGGAGAUGAGAGCCCCAAAGAACUGCAAAUGGAAAAGGUCUUAGCUGAAGGAACCAAGUUGACAAUUGCUCCAAGCUCAAGCAUUGCUGCUGAAAAUGUGCCCUUUCCUCCUGGCCAAACUGUACUGACCAUGACAACAUCUACAGUGCCUGGAAAAACAGGACAGAAAGUUACUAUCCCACUGCAUGGUAUUGCAAAUGAGCUGGGGGGCAUCACCUUGAUACCCAUUUCAAUGAACUUAGGUCAGCCAUGCAAAGGGGAGGUGCAGGCUCCCUGCCACCCCCAGGGCAGCCAGGCACAGGAGGCUCAUCUGUCAGCAGUCAGCAAACCCAGGAGAACAGGGUCCUUGGCACUGUUUUAUAGGAAGGUUUAUCACCUGGCCAGCGUGCGCCUGCGUGACCUCUGCCUGAAGCUGGAUGUUUCCAAUGAGCUGCGCAGGAAGAUCUGGACCUGCUUUGAGUUCACCUUGGUUCACUGUGCUGAUCUAAUGAAGGACAGACAUUUGGACCAGCUCCUUCUCUGUGCCUUCUAUAUCAUGGCAAAGGUAACCAAAGAGGAAAGAACUUUCCAGGACAUAAUGAAAAGUUACAGAAAUCAGCCACAAGCAAACAGCCAUGUUUAUAGGAGUGUGUUGUUGAGAAAUACUUCUGCUGAUAUCAAAAAGGAAGAUGUGGAGAUGACAGAAGACUCCUUUGUGAAAAGCAGCAGUUCCCCAGGAGGAUCUGCAGCAGAGCACUCCAGCCAGUUGGGAAAAGAGGAGAGAGGAGAUCUUAUUAAAUUUUACAAUGCAGUCUAUGUAGGAAGAGUAAAAUCAUUUGCACUGAAGUAUGAUGUCACAAACCAGGAUCAUGUAGUGGAAGCCCUUCCCUUGUCUCCAUUCCCCAACAUCAAGCACCAGGCUGUGUCUCCCCGGCGGAUCUCUCAGCAGCACUCAGUUUAUGUUUCACCUCACAAGAACAGUGCCCACCUCACCCCUUCAACUGCACUGCUCUAUAAGUUUAAUGGGAGCCCUUCCAAGAGUUUGAAGGACAUCAACAAUAUGAUAAAACAAGGUGAACACAGGAGUAAGAAACGAGCAAUAACAAUUGACAGUGACAGUGAAUCCCCUCUGAAGAGACUCUGCCAGGAAAAUGAUGAUGUUCUACUGAAACGCCUCCAGGACGUUGUCAGUGAAAGAGCAAAUCACUGAAGCUGGGGGCUCUGGAAGCUGUGGGUUGGAUGUAGGUGUCACACUAUUUAUUUCUUGGUUUUGUAUACAGGCAGCUGCCAAGUUCCUUCAGUGGGGUACUGUUACCUGACUUCCACAUGAUGCAAAAAGCAAGGUUAAGUAGUAAGUGAGGUGGCGUUGGUUUCAUUCCCAAAGCCCAGGCUGUGCUGUAAGUUACUCUGUUUGACUCUUUUAACAGAAGAGUGAUCUGUAGAAAGCCAUAUUGGAUGUUCUCAAACCUAAUUUAGAGCAUUGUGAGUUCUGAGUGUAACUCAGUGUUGUUCUUUCUAUUUUUGGAAUAAGGAUGAUAAGGAAAUGAGUGAAGUCAGUCAGGUUUCCUCAAGCCUUUGUUACUUGGGAAUGAAGCUUUGAAAGUGCCUUAUUUUGAAAGAAUGUGGAGAUUUAUCCAUUAUUUUUCUGUGGAGUAACUGGGGUGGAGAAAAAAACUGAUCAUUUAGCCUUGGGAAGAGCUGAGCAGUUCUGAACUGCAUGAUUUGUGCUGUGCCCCAUCUCCUGUCAGAACCUCAUUAAAAGUGAUGCUAGGGUGUGGAUCAGACACAGUAACAAAGGCAACAAUCAAAAAGGGCAGAUGAGUGACUUGGACACUGACACCUGGCAAAGCAGCACGGGGUUCAGUGAGCCUGAAUUUCCUCUCAGGCAGUGGGUGCUGCACGGGGGCUGCUCCUUGCCUGAUGGAAGCCUGAGAGCAGCCCUGCUGUAGCACUUGUUCAUCCAUGCUGGAGCUUCCCUGUGAGGAAGUACAAGUUGGGUACAGUAGAAAAUCAGCUGGGCUUUGGCUAUCUUACAGCUGCUCACGUGCACAAAUUCAUUUCACAAAUUGUACCUCUUUGGUUUAUUUUUUCCUGAAGAUCUCAGCCUCUUGUGUAGUAUCUACACUGUGUGUAAGCCCAUCAGAUAAGGCAUUUUGUAUAUAUGUUGGGGAUUUUUUUUAUAGUUACUGAAAGCUUGGAUUCAUUGGAAAGAUAUAAAAUCCAGCAUCCAAGUCUUGUAACUAUGUUUUUUUUAUGCUGAUAGGAUUUAUUUUACCAAAAUUGAGAAAGUCAAGGUUAAUUCAUUACUGUAAAUCAGUAGCUUGAUCUUAUUUCAUAAAUACAUUUAAGAUUAGAGCUAUAGAGAAACUUCUCAGCACUGUAUUUUUCAGUUUCUGUGUAUUGAACUGAAAGAAAAAAUACAAAAAGGAACGACUACAUAGGACUUGUGUGAGGAGCCCUCUUCUCCUCAGUGUCUCUUUUGCUCAGUGUGUCCUGCAAGAUCUGUAGCCCAGUUGCAGGGAAGAGCACUGUGAUGGUUUUAGGCAGUCCCAGGCAAUGAAUUUGGCCAGCAGUGAUGGAGAAUGAGUGUAUUUAUCUGUUCGUGUGCCAGGGACCUACUCAGCAGUGAGUAGAAAGUUUAUAAACACUGUAACUUGGUUUGGAAUUAUUAACUGCAACAUUGGAUUUUUUUUUUUACUUUCAAAAAAAAGGUGCUUAUUUCUGAAAGGUUUGACUGCAGAGAGCUGCAGUCUGUGGAAACAGCCGUGCUGUGGAGUAGGUUUCAUGUGGAUUAUUCUGGUUUAUUCCUUUAUUCAGUUUUUAAUAUUUGUCUUUGGAUCUCGUGAUGAACAGGACAAGAGAGAACCUUUCAGUCUCCAGCUUGUCAGUGCUGUUCCCACCAUCUCUGUUCAAUCUGUGCUCUCCAGACCCUGAAAUCCUUUGGUGUUGGGGGGAAGUGGGGAAUCUUGGUUUGCUUUCAGCUGUCUGGGUUACCUGUGUUUGCAGCCUUCUCAGCUGGGAAGUGUACAAUCAGGCUUGACAGUGUCAGUCCUUGAGCAGUGUUGUGUGACCAGGGUCUGGUGUGCAGAUCUCCUGUGCCUGCUCACCAACACUGUCACUGGACUCCCUGAAACUGUAGAAAACUGGUGCUAAAAUCCUUAAUAGUUGUCGUGAGGUGUGGGGCUUUUUCAUUAGAGAAAAACAAAUAGGAUACAACUGGAUGCAGUUCAGAUUUUUUUUCACCUUUUUAGGUGAUGAUAGGAAAAAUACUUUUGGCCUUGUUGAACAGUUGAAGCAAUAGCUUCUGAAAGUUUUGUAAUGGUUUCAA